CCGAAUCUAUUUCUCUGCCCACAAUUAAUCUUCUUCUUCCCUCGCCAUUUCCGCGGCCAAAAGGCUUCCUUUCUCUUCUUCCUCCAUUUCCCAGACAGCUUUACUCCAGAAUUCUCCCAGCAGAAGCUUCCUAGCUCAACAAGAGAAGCCGAAAGCCAAUCAGUUUCCUUCUGGGUUUCUCUCAUUGAUUGAUAAUUUAUUCUCCCGACUGCCUAAAAGCGACAAUUGGGGGGGAGGGCGGGGGUUUCCAUUUCGUUUUCUCCCAUAUCUAGAUGGCGGCGGGGACGAUGGCGACCGCCGCCGGAGCAGCGGUGGUGCUGUACUACUUAUUGAGCCGGAGACUGGCUGCCAAGGGCGUCGGAGUUAAUGGCGUGGUAGGCGAAGGGGACGCUGAUCACGGGGAUUUGUCGAAAUCGAGAUCCGGGCGGCGGAGGAUUUCCCGGCGGCCGGCUCAAGCUCCGGCCACCUGGAUUGAAACGCUGACCACCUUGACCGAGACCCUUCGGUUUACUUACGCCGAGACUCUGGGGAAAUGGCCGAUUGCUGAUUUGGCUUUCGGGAUCAAUUACCUCAUGCGUAGGCAGGGCAAUUUGCAGGUAGCUAGUGUGUAUGCCGGUAGUGAUUGUGUACAGCUGAAAGGGCCUGAGAUUGUGACCGAGCUCAAGUACUUGCUUAGGCUGUUGACAAAUUGCAUUUUCUUUUCAAAGAAGCCUUUCCCAGUUUUCUUAGAAUCUGCUGGUUACUCCCAAGAACAUGUCCUUCUUCAGAAGCCUAAGGCUGGGAUCCUGAUGCCCGCUUUUACAAUUAUACGAGACGAAGCUACGAAGCAUUUCCUUCUGUUGAUCCGUGGAACUCAUAGCAUCAAAGAUACAUUGACUGCAGUGACUGGGGCGGUGGUUCCCUUCCACCAUUCGGUAUUAGAUGAUGGUGGGAUCAGCCACUUGGUUUUAGGGUAUGCACAUUGUGGAAUGGUUGCAGCAGCUCGGUGGAUCGCCAAACUCAGCACUCCUUGCUUGCUCAAGGCUCUUGAUGAAUACCCUGAGUAUAGAAUUAAGGUUGUUGGUCAUUCUCUUGGUGGUGGUACUGCAGCAUUAUUAACAUAUAUAUUGCGAGAACAGAAGAUGUUUUCCUCGAGCACCUGUGUAACCUUUGCUCCAGCUGCUUGUAUGACUUGGGAUUUAGCAGAAUCGGGCAAGAAUUUCAUCACAACAAUUAUCAAUGGGUCUGAUCUAGUGCCUACAUUUUCAACUGCUUCCAUUGAUGACCUUCGUUCUGAGGUCACUGCAUCAUCAUGGUUGAGUGAUUUGAGAGAUCAGGUGGAGCAAACACGGGUUCUAAAUGUCGUGUAUCGCUCAGCUUCAGCUCUUGGAUCUCGUCUGCCGUCCAUAGCGAGUGCAAAAGCUAGGGUUGCUGGUGCUGGGGCACUCUUGCGCCCUGUUUCCAGCAGCACUCAGGUUGUGAUGAGACGAGCUCAGAAUGUUGCCCAGGCUGUUGUGCGGACACGUUCAUCUCUAACGUCAUGGUCAUGCAUGGGACCACGUCGUCGGUCUGUAGGACCCACAUUAUUAUCCCCUAAAAAGGAGGAUUUAGAUGAAGCUUCCAUAAUAUGUGAAAGCUCAGAAACCAUGGUGACCACCGAAAUCCAUACCGAAGACUUGUCACAGAGCAAUAGGUCAUCAAGCAGCGGAGGAUCAAGUAGCGAAGAAGAAGAAGACGAACCUCUUCUACCUGGCAAUCAUCAAGUCCUAUCUUCAUUGGUCGAAGAGCCAACCGAGGGCGAGCUGUGGGAUGAGCUGGCUAAGGAGCUCGAGAGACACGACAACAACAAUGAAGUUGAUAUGCACAUCCAAGCCGAAGAAGAAGCCGCAGCUGCGAAAGAGAUCCAGGAAGAGGAGAGGAUGAUUCUCGCAGAGGCGUCAACUACUGAGCCAACGCCGACGAGGAAUAACAUAUCAACCGAAGAGGUCUCGGAGAGCCACAAGUUCUACCCUCCCGGCAAGAUCAUGCACAUUGUCUGCAUAGCUACCACGGCUGAGGACGGGGGAGAGGAGAGUUUGGUUGGCCAUGUGGGGAUAUACGAGACUCCAAGGGAGCUUUACAGUAAGAUACGCCUGUCGAAAACGAUGAUAAACGAUCAUUACAUGCCGAUGUACAAGAAGAUGAUGGAAUUCUUAAUCAGUAAACUAGAAGAGCAUGGUGAUGGCGAUGAUUGUAGUAGGAAUGGGUGUAUGAUAGUAGAAGAACAGGUGGUGUUGUAGUAGGAGUAAAGGCAAAGCAAAAAAAGACGAAUUAUAUGGUUUGUACAUAGAGAAAAAUGAUGUGCUGGUUUAUACAGAAUUCAAUGAAAGAUGUUUGCAAAAUGCUCUACUAGUAUAGUCGAACUACAAGUCUGCUGUCAACGUGACAAUAAUCUUUGGGUCGAACG